GUUGGUUUUCUUUUUUUUUCAUACAACGGAACUCCCCUUUACUUGACCUUGUCCUUUUUACAUGCCGUAUUCCGAAAACCACGAGGGACGUGAUAACGCCACAUCCCGUUUAAUGUCUCCGACGUCCAAACGAAAUAAGCGUUGGUUUUGGCAGGGCAAAGAGCGACAAAUCGUACGCACGAUUGUCGCUUUGACACUCAGCGUGAUUGUGAUCGCAGUUGGGUCGGCGCUGCUUUGGUCGUCGUCGACCAACCGAUAUACCAUUGAUCCGCAUGAUAAUGAUUUUAUCCAGUAUAUGUGCAACCAACGGGACGAGAUCCUUUCCGCUCAAAAAACAAAAGACCAAGUCAUAGAGCAAGAAAAACAUGACGAAAUUUCCGAAUGGAAUAGAAGCCCCUAUCUAAGGACAUCCAAUACUUUGGUGAAUGAAACCCUCAACGAGACGGUGUGGCAAGGUCUUCCGGUGAAAGGCGCAUUUUACAUGAUGGUGUUCAAUCAAAAACUCCAAGAAGCCAGAGAAACGGUUCGAAGCAUCGAAGAUCGGUUCAACCACAAGAUGGGGUAUCCCUGGAUAUUUCUCAACAACCAGUACUUCACGCCCGAGUUCCGUAAAUACAUCAAGAAACUGACCAACGCUCCCGUAUUUUUUGGAAAAAUCGAUUCCGACGUUUAUGGUUAUCCCAACUGGAUCGAUAUUGAUCGCGCGGAACGACUCACGAACGUUGUAUCUGUCGAAUUUGAAGAUGUCUACAAGCUACGUCAUUUAUCCUAUCAUCAAAUGCUACGAUAUCAGGCGGGGCUGUUUGCACGCCAUUCGCUAUUUGAUAACGUUGACUAUGUUUGGCGAGUUGAACCAGGCGCGUAUUAUCCUUGCGAUAUCACAUUUGACCCCUUUCGACAUAUGCGGGAUAACAAGAAAAAGAUUGGAUUUGUGUUGACAAUGAAAGAAAAUUUCUGGUCCUUGCCGACGUUUUGGGAGGCAAUCCAGAUUUUUAUGAGCCAAAAUCGUCAUCUUGUGCUUCCAUCGAAUCAGACCAUCAUGCCGUGGAUCCUCGACGAAGAGAACGAAUACAAUUUAUGUCAUUUUUGGUCCAAUUUCGAAAUUAUGGAUCUCUCUUUUAUCAAGUCGCCGAGCUAUCGGCGAUUCUUUGAAUUUCUCGAUGGGACAGGUAACUUUUUCUACCAACGAUGGGGCGAUGCACCUGUACGCACCGUGGCGGCUGCCCUAUUUUUAAAGCGGGAACAAAUUGAAUUUUUCGAUAAAAUCGGAUACUCUCAUUCAGUGGCCCAGCAUUGUCCUUUUGUACCCGACGACGGUCAAAAGUGCAGUUGUAACGUAGUGGAAGACCAUGGGUUCACCGACGGCAGCUGUACCAGUAAUCUCUUACGUUUGAUUGAGCCUAAUAUGCUGGUCGAGAUGAUCAGGGUUGCCAGGUCCAACUCUAUGGCCACCAUCGUGGAUUGAUCGAAUGAAAAAAAAAAAAUCAACUCGACUGGAUCGAGUCCAGUCCACAACGAUAUGUUAUGUGGCAUUAUGAUACCGUGACAAGUUGAUCGUAUGAUUUUCGGAUCAUCGUCAAUCCAUAAAUCAAAGUUCCUUAUUCACACUUCCUCGCCCCGCCCCCUCCCCCCCCCUUUUUUUUGGAGGGUCCCAAAUUCCAAUAUACACUGUUAUCGAAUAAAAAAGAUGUAUAAG